AUGCCUCCCCAAAACCUAAACAGCACAUCCUUUGCCUACACCUGGCUUCACCCUCCAAUCCUCAAAUCAACCACCCAAGGACUCAACAGCCCUCUUACCAUCCCACCCAGCGAUAUCCCCUGUUCUACCCCCGCCGAAGCUCACUCCUACGUUUACCGUAACGGCCGUUCCUUCCAAAUCUUCCCCUCAGGUUCCUCCGCCAGUAGUCCCAAUGGAUUACAUGUACUCCAACUCCAAGACUACUUCGUCCCGAAAUCCGUCAUGCACUUGUUGCAGAAGUUGAUGAAUUACGAGGUGGAUGAUAAGUGGUUACCGCUGAUGGUGAAUGAUGUGAAGGUGCCGGAAAGUGACUGGGAGUUUGAGGAGAGACUGGUCAGUACGCUAAUACCGAAUCAGAGUCGGUUUAUGGUUUCUGGAAGGUGGUUGAACUCCCAAGCCACAGAUAAGGAUGGGGAUGGGGAGGAACAGAUUCCGGUGCUGACGGGGCAGGCGUUGCCGGUUUGGAUGGCCGAUGAUGGGAGUAGCUAUAGGACGUGGAUUGGUGAGGAGAGGAAGGCGAAGGUUCAUGGGGAUCAUGAUUGUUUGAAGAAGGCAAAUACUCAAGGCUUCUACGCCAUAAGACUCAUCAGAUCCGUCCACCCCUUUAUGUCCCAAACCUCCGUCAUCCACUCAGCCAUCAACCGCAGCACCGCCCUCCUCCGCUCCCUCCGGCACGUCCCAAAUCCCCACAUAAGCCGGGACUACAAAGGCUUCUUCCAUGAGUCCACAUUCUACACUAUCCUCCCUGUCGCCACCUGGCGCCUCGAUCAUUUUCUGGGCGAUCCCUCCAUCAGAAGCCUCACAUCCCCUGGUCAUUUGCGGCCGAUCAUGGCGCAAAUCGCCCAUCUCGCGGGGGCGUUGGCUUCGAUACAUUAUAUCCCUAGCAAAUCAGGGAGCGACAACGGGAGUGAACUAUCUGGUGCGGAAAAGAAGGACAAGAAGAAGAAGGAGGGCUUCCACCUCGAUAUCCAACCCCGCAACAUCCUGGUCUUCACGGAGAACGGUGGACACGAUUUGCACUUUGAGUGGACCGGGUUCGAGUGUAGUGCUGUUGUUGAGAUGGCAGAGACACCAGAUUCGGAAGAGCCGAGGGUGGUUCCUUCAGCGUACCAGCUCUUCUCAACAAACAUGAGCCGCGUUGAUAACGAACUGUAUCAGAAAUUUCUGGAGGCGUCGAACGAGAUGUACUUUCCUCCCGAGUCGGAAGAUCUGUCGAAGACCGUCACGCAGGCGUACGAUAUGUGGUCGAUGGGUGUGCUGAUGCUGGACGUGUUGAUCUGGGGACUGUACGGGGGAAAGAAUCUGCGUAUUGAUGAUGUUUUUGGGGAGAUGGGCACUCGACGACCCCCCUCACCACUCAACACCGACCGCGACUCCGUAUCUCCCAAGGUCUUCAAACGAACCAAAAUUGACGCCGGACCCAGCAACAAAAGGCUCUACGAAACUUGCGCCGUCGACCAGGGCUGCGACGCCGAUGCCAACAUCAAUACUAACAUGGACAUUGACAUCACCCCCACUGUCAGUCCAGCUGCCAAUCCGACCCCCAACACCAGUCCCAGUGAGCCCACACCUUCGAAUAACGACAACAACAACAACAACAACAACAACAACAACAACAACAACAACAACAACAACAACAACAACAACAACAACAACAACAACAACAACAACAACAACAACAACAACAAGGGCCCUAAAACUGGAAAAGAAGGCGAACCCAAAGAAACCCGCCUCAAACCCACCGUCCCCGACAGAAUCAACCACAUCCUCGAAUCCAUCGGCUUCGACGCUCCGCGCAUCAAGCAAUGGUGCACCUGCAUCAUAAGCCUGCUAGAGCCGGAGCCGAGUAGGCGGGUGAUGACGGCGGGCGAGCUAGCCGAGCUUCUUCAGCCUGAUACGGGAUUAGAGGCCGUAUUAUAUGUGGAUGAAAUACGCCGGCUGGAUGAGACGAAGGUGCUGGAGAGUUGGUAUUAUGAGAGGAGGAGGAGAAGGGGGAGGGGAUAA